AUGAUUUCAUUAUUUAAACAUGUACUUGAUCGACAUCCACCACAUUACGAAGAUGUAACUAACAAUUUUAAUACUUGGUAUAAAUUGAAAACAAAAUUGCCAUUAUCAUCGUUCGAAUUAACAACAACAAAAGAUGUAAUCGAUUUCUUGGAUGACCAUCAAGGAAGUGCAACAACAACGAAUUUCUCUCGAACUAACAACUUUGAAAAAGCUUGGAAAUACAUGGAAGUAUCAAAUGAAUUACAUGCAAAAAUAAAUAAAAAAAUAUUAAAUUUUAAGAACAAAGAAAUCGAUGAAAUGACAUUGAAGGCAAAUAUCAACAGCUUACAAAAACAAUUUAUGGACAUUUUCAAGAAUAUUUGA